GCCACAAGCAAAUUUGUUCUCAUUAGCUAUAAGUAGCAGCAUCUCGCCACUGUUCUGGUCUCACCAAUUUCCAUUGGAGAUGCUCAACUUGCAUCUUACAAAAUUCAGAAGAUGAAGCAUCAAGUGCUCAGCGACGGGGACGCCUCUGUGCCAACGAGGGCCUCCAGAGCAGCAGCCACAGCGUCUGCGAGGGCGAACGGCAACAGCAAGGAUGACAUGCAAUCAGAAUCGGAGUCCCUCGGGCGGGAGGUGGAGAGGCUGCGGCGGCGCAACGACGAGCUGGAGCAGCAGCUCGCCCUCGCGCACCGCACUGUCGCUCAGCUCCGGCAGCAGGUAGCAGCAGACGAGAAUUCCUCAGCGCCUCCCACAUGUAUUCCUCCAGCGCCGCCUCCUCCUAGCCGAAUUACCCGACCACCUCCAAGGCUGCAAGGAUCUUCCCAUGCCACGGCGCUGGUCGACAUGUACAAAUCCCUCACCACCAAGACACCAAAUGCUGCUGCCUCUGGCAUUGUUGGCGAGCUGCAGAACCGCUCCACGCACUUGCUAGCGAUCAAAGCAGACGUGGAAGGAAAAGCAGUGUUGAUCAACCAUCUCAUCGCAAAAGUCCACCAAACUACAUUCGCCGAUGUGGAUCAAGUGGUCGCCUUUGUGGAUUGGCUGGACCAACACCUAUCAACCCUGACUGACGAGGCAGCUGUCCUGAAGCACUUCAGCUGGCCGGAGAGAAAAGCCGAUGCACUGCGAGAGGCAGCCUCCGAAUACCGCCAUCUCAACUCUCUUCUCACACAGAUCUCUAACUCCUCCAGUGACACCACCCUUGCUUCCUGUGAGGCUGCUCUCACCAAGAUAUCAGCCUUGCAACACAAGUUGGAGAAGAGCAUGAGCAGAUUGGUGAAUCUGAGGAGCUCGGUGAUACCAUCCUACAAAGAGUUGAGGAUACCCACUGACUGGAUGCUUGAUUCAGGGAUUGCUUCCAAGAUGAGGUUGGCCUCACUCAAGCUUGCAAAGGUGUACAUGAUGAGAGCCCUCAAGGAACUGGACAGGGAAACAGGGGGUGAGGCUCUGCUUGCUCAAAGUGUGCGCUUCGCCUACAGGGCUCACCAGUUUGCUGGUGGACUUGAUUGCGAAGCUAUGCAUCUUUUUGAAGAUCUGACACAUCGGGCUGAGUCAGUCCCCUCUUCUCCCUGAGUAUUAGAGCGUGCCAAAUCUUGUAAAUCAUUUACGAACACCAAAAAAUUGCUGACGGGAUGCAACGGUAGGUGGAUUGUCAAAUAUGGUCCAAAUGUUGUCCACUUUUGUACCUACUGUAUAUUGCCAUUAUCAUGUAAAACAGGUAUAGGUUAUAGAGUUUGACAAUAAUUCUGCAUUGUACCACAGUUAACUUUAAGUCUACAUACAAUCAAUUAAGACUUGUAUAUUCGACCGGCAUUCAACAAAAUGAU